AUGCUAAAGGUCGGGUCGGAUUUAACGUAUGCCUUUCCACUUGUGCACAUCGCUGGGUCAGGGACGGUGGGCGAAGCACCACUCAGAGCCAUGUCGUCGUCCUCUCUGAAGAAGUUUUUGAAGGGCCGGAUACACAAGGAGCGGGCGCAACCAGAUUCUCGAAAGAAGUAUGGCCUUCUUGAAAAGCACAAAGACUAUGUUGAACGUGCACGGAGGUACCAACGGCAGCGUGAAGCUAUUGAGGUCCUGCAAAGGAAGGCUGCAGAUCGCAAUCCUGAUGAAUUCUAUUUUGCAAUGGAGCAUCAGAGAACAAAAGAUGGUGCUGUAGUGAGGUCUGAAGAUGAAGACAACCCUAAGGAGGAGCAGCUCUUGGAGUUGAUGCAGACAUCUGGAUAUGUAAACGCUAUGGUGCAGAGGGAGGCCAAGGUAGUCGAGAAACUGCAGUCCCAGUUGCAUUUUCUAGGUGUGCCAGCGAAGAACCGCCACACAGUCUUUGUGGAUGAUGAGGAGGCAGCGAGGCGUUUUUCGCCUGAGGAGUACUUCGACACACCGUCAGAUCUGCUGGAUAGACGAUUCAACAGGCCGCGAAGGUCACAGCUGAAGAGCACCGCUGCUGUGCAGGGUGGCAGAGAGGCAGAAGAAGUUGUCAAGGAGUCUGAGAAGAGUCGGGUGUCCAAGUACAGGCUCCUGAAGAAACACAUCGAGAGGCAUGAGAAGUUGAAGAAACUCGCAGCCAAGAUGACGCUGAACAAACAGCUGGCGGCGGAUGGAAGCGCAAGAAAGUUCAAAGACGACAGUGGGAGGAUUGUGUACAAGUGGCGACAAGAGCGGAAGAAAUAG